GCGUCAUCAUUAUUGCCGCUGGCAGAAUACUAGUGAAAUGUGGGAAGAGACAUUUUAGGAGAAUCCAAACUAACGUAGCAGGAGGAAAGAUAUUGGAGAUUCUUCUGGAUUUAUAUCCAGACAAGGUUUGCACACUGACCAGCGAGCCAAUGUAAGUCGUGCUGAUUUACUGCGUGUGAAAGAGGUAUUCCAACACAGGCUUAUCAUCAUCCCCAUGUCCUCUGGAGGAGGUCAGUACGGCCGCACUGAGCGUGUCCGCCUCAAACCCCACUACGACCAGGUACCACUAGGCUCCCUGCACAGAGACAGCCAGUCUAACAUUCAACCCCUGUGGUCCCAGCGGAGCUCUGAGCUAGCCCUGAGCGCUGAUCCCCUACCACCCCCUCCCCUGCCCAACCACCCCCCAGUCGGGCCAGAGUUUGACCCAAGUGACAGUGAGGACAACCCGGACACUGAUCCUGCCAUAGACAUCAAACCUGUCCACCGUUUCAUCCCCGACUCGUGGAAGAACUUCUUCAGAGGAACUAGCCUCCGCAGCAGCAAGCCUAGCCCCAUAUCUGUCACUGCCGCUUCCUCCAACAACAACAGCACCUGUAUAGGGGUACGCUGCUCGCCCCCUCACACGCCCUCUCUGCCCACGGCCCCUUAUGGGGGGUCAGGGGGCGGAAGCUACAACUCCCGCAAGGAGCUUCUGGGCGUUGAUGACCACCCAGAGUCCAUUUCGGGACACACGCUCCACACGGCGCUGACCUACGGUGAGCGGGUGGAGGAGUACAACGAGCGCUACGGCUACAUGAAAUCCUGGGCGGGCCUGCUGAGGAUACUGGGAUGUGUGGAGCUGCUGCUGGGCGCGGCGGUGUUCGCGUGCGUGUGUGCGUAUGUGCACAAAGACAACGAGUGGUUCAACAUGUUCGGCUACUCCUCGCCGGGCAGCGCAUACGGAGGCUACGGGGGUGGGCUUUACGGGGGGGGCAGCGGAGGAGCCUACUACUCAGGUCCUAUGACCCCGUUUGUGUUAGUGGCGGCGGGGCUGGCCUGGAUUGUGACCAUCAUAAUUCUGGUGAUGGGGAUGACUAUGUACUACCGGACCAUACUACUGGACUCCUCCUGGUGGCCCCUGACUGAGUUCACUAUAAACCUGGCACUGGCUGUGCUCUACAUGGCUGCAGCUGUGGUGUACGUCAGGGACACAACACGGGGCGGUCUCUGCUACUACCCCGUCUUCAACAAUGGCAUCAACGGGGCUUUCUGCCGCACCGAGGCAGGACAGACCGCUGCCAUCAUCUUUCUGUUCGUCACCAUGGUUGUCUACCUGAUCGGGGCCAUGGUUUGUCUGAAGCUCUGGAGGCACGAGCAGGCACGCAUGCACCGGGAGAAGUAUGGCCAGGAGAUGCAUACAACAGAUUUCCCUGGCUCGCGGUCUUUGAUGAUGGUUCAUGGACCCAGGGUCCCAGAGCAAAAUAAUGGUUCUAGUGUGGUUCCCAUCCAGGCUGUGGUACCCAAGGCAGUGCCACGUAAGGUUCUACAGGGGUCUAUCCCCUCUGGACACAUCCCCAAACCUGUCAUCCUGCCUGACUACAUAGCCAAGUACCCAACCAUCCGCACAGACGAUGAGCGUGACCAAUACAGGGCAGUGUUCAAUGACCAGUACUCUGAGUAUAAGGAGCUACAUGCCGAAGUGCAGGCCACAACCAAGAAGUUUGACGAGCUGGACGCCAUGAUGCGCACCCUACCGCACCACCCCAACAGCCAGAUGGAGUAUGACCGCAUAAACAAGAUCCUUCAGGAGUACCAGAGAAAGAAAAAUGACCCUACAUUCCUGGAGAAGAGAGAGCGCUGUGAGUACCUGAAGAACAAAUUGUCCCACAUCAAACAAAAGGUCCAAGAGUACAACAAGAUCAUGGAGUGGAACGACGGCUACGGAUAAACUCUUAUGUCCGAUCUGCGAACUUACUGUGAAUUAAACUGAUACAGAGAGA